AUGGGGGCUUUACUUGCUCAAUAUCUAGAAGAGUAUAGAAAGGAAAAUGUUAUCUACUACAUUAGCAAGAAGAUGUUGCCUUAUGAAAAGAAGUAUUCACCACUUGAGAAGACAUGUGUAGCACUUGUAUGGGCAACCUGCAAACUCAAAUAUUACAUGCUUGCUUUCAAAGUCUUGUUGAUUGCAAUAAUGGAUCCUUUAAAGUAUUUGAUGGAAAAGCUUGUACAAGAUGGAAAGAUGGCAAAAUGGGUUUUGCUUCUGUCAGAAUUUGAUAUUAAAUAUAUGACUCAGAAGUCUGUGAAGGGGAGGGCAAUUGAUGUUCACUUAGCCCACUAUUCACUUAAAGAAGCUGAAGAGAUCCAAGGAGGCUUUCCAUAUGAGGAUAUAAUGGGGAUUGAGGUAGAAUCAUGGAAGAUAUAUUUCAAUGGAGCAACUAAUCAAAAUGGAAGUGGCAUUGGAGUUCUCCUAAUUUCUCCAAAAGGGACACACAUCCCAUUCUCUGGUAGGCUCAACUUUCCUACCAGUAAUAAUGCCACUGAAUAUAAAGCUUUCUUUAUAGGGUUACAAGCAGCCUUGGGUCUUGGAGUAAAAGAGUUGGAAGUAUAUGGUGAUUUAGUUUGA